AUGCACUCAAACAACAAGGUGAAGAAGCCUCGCAGGAAGCCAAAACCGAUUGUAUCAGAGGUCACAACGGUGAUAACACCCCCGAAAACUCCCAUAAGCACCGCCCCGACAACUCCUUCACGAAGUUCUUCUCCAAUAUCCAUACAGUCGCUUCUUCUGGAUCCUUUGGUAGGGCAUUUGGUCUCAGAUGAAGUGUUUGAUGUUGUUUCUCCGAGAAUAAUCAGCACACCAAACACACCUGCGGUGUGUAGUCUCAACAACACGUCAAAGUUGAUGGGGAUCUCGCCAUUUGAGUUCAUGAUCCUUCAUCACUUUGAAAGCUGGGCAAAGGAUAGGUACAUAAUGUCUACUGAUGUUCGGCAAAGGUUCAUAUGGGAAUGGGUGAUGCCCAGAUACUUGCUUGAACUGGAUGUAUUGAAGAUAUCGGUUUUUGCCUAUUCAAGUAUGCUUUUAUUACAAAAGCAUAACCCUCAAUACUUGCUAGGGGACACGCCAUGCUGGUCUAGCUUCAAUGAUGAAAUGAUGACAUUGUAUGAGUUUGCAUUCACCAACUUUGAGUCACAGAUGAAGCAAAUUAACCGGUUGAGCAGCAAAAUAAAAGCUGGUGAACCUAUCAAUAUCUUAGAAGCCAUAUCCCUUGUCAUAGGUGCAACAAUAAUGAUAUCAGUGUUUGGGAGACACUCACGAAGAACAAUGCCAUUGAUAUCAUUUGAUAGAUCUCAACAAGACUUUCAGAGUUUAUGUGCUGAGAUGAAACAAAUCCUCACCUUAUGUUGGCCAAUUUUGAGAAAAGAACCGCAUGCAGCAUUAGUUCCAUCGCUAGUGAAAAACAUAGACUAUCCAAUAUUACCUAUGUUUCAGCAAUUGUUAGAUGAGCUAGACACGCUGCCAUCAGAGUUGUUCAAAGGCAAGAAGGAUAACAUUGAUGCAGAUAACAAGGUCGGGUUGCGUGACGCCAUUUUGACACUAAAUGCCCAAGUUCAGCAAUGUGAAGAAUAUUCAUCAGAAGUACCUAUUCACCGUUUCCAGCAUUUCGCUGAGGAAUCAUUCUGGCGACAAGUGUAUAAUGAGAACUACUUUGCCCUCCGCAUAUUGAACUUGUACUGCGCAUAUUUGGUGAUGCUCCAAUAUUAUUUUGUGAGAGAACGUAACAUGUGGAUUGACUACAUGAAUUGGUUCCACCAGGAGAGCUUAUUCAGGUUUGGGAAAUUUUACUAUGAUGAGGACGAAAAAUUGUACGAAAAAGUGAUCGUCAAUGGCUACACAGCGGGAUUCCUUAACUUGUGGAAGCUAAAUAUGGAUUGA